AUGGACAAAGAAAAGAGUGAUGCUUCCAGCAAGUCCUCAGACCUCAAAAUAUCCAACAUCUCCAUCCAGGUGGUCAGUGUCCCAGGGAAGCUACCAGGAAGAAGACCACCUCGAAAACCCAUUGGUAAACCCAGGCUCCGCAGGCAGCCCAAGAAAAGAACUCCCUUUUGGAAUGUUCAAAAUAAGAUCAUUCUCUUCACAGUGUUUUUAUUCAUCCUGGCAGUCACAGCCUGGACACUUCUAUGGCUCUAUAUCAGUAAGACAGAGAGCAAAGAUGCCUUUUAUUUUGUUGGGAUGUUCCGCAUCACCAACAUUGAGUUUCUUCCCGAGUACCGUCAGAAGGAGUCUAGGGAAUUUGUCUCCAUGGCAAAGACAGUACAGCAAGUGGUAAACCUUGUUUAUACAACAUCUGCUUUCUCCAAAUUUUAUAAGCAGUCUGUGGUUGCAGAUGUCAGCAGUAACAACAAAGGCGGUCUCCUGGUCCACUUUUGGAUUGUGUUUGUCAUGCCACAUGCCAAGGGCCACAUCUUCUGUGAGGAGUGUGUGGCAGCCAUCUUGAAGGAUUCCAUCCAAACCAGUAUCAUAAACCGCACCUCUGUGGGCAGCUUGCAGGGUCUAGCUGUGGAUAUGGACUCCGUGGUAUUAAAUGCUGGGCUCCGGUCAGAUUACUCUUCAGCCAUUGGAUCUGACAACGGCUGCUCCCAUUACUUCUAUGCAGAUCAUGUGACCCUCCGCUACCCUCUGGAGAUUUCCGCAACCUCGGGACAGCUAAUGUGUCACUUCAAGCUGGUGGCCAUAGUGGGUUAUCUGAUUCGUCUCUCAAUUGAGUCCAUACAAUUGGAAGCUGACAACUGUAUCACGGACUCCUUGACUGUUUACGACUCCCUCUUGCCAAUCCGGAUUAUCCAUGUGUUGUUAUCUGGUUUGAGAAUCUGUGAACCCACAAGAACACUAAUGUCCUUCGUUUCUACAAACAACCUCAUGUUGGUGACACUGAAGUCUCCUUAUGUACGGAGGCUGGCAGGGAUCCGGGCAUAUUUUGAAGUCAUUCCAGAACAAAGAGUUGUGGCAGUCAAGGGUGUUGUACUAGUCAAGGACCCUGACUCCCAAGAGAGGCAGCGCAGUGAAUCCUGUAAAGAACUGCUAGUGUAA